CUUAUACCAGAGGAUUCGGGGUCGUGGCAGAGGACGAGGGCGACGAAGAGGGGAAAGCUACAGUAAACUUCGAAACAACUUCCCUCCGAGACGAAGGAAAAUUAGCAGUUCAUUUAUUCCAUGUAAUUGUGAUCCCAGAAAAGUUGAAGAGUUUCUCGAAGAGAUGGGAUUCAAAAAGGCUGGAAAGGAAAAGAAGUAUCACGUUAGUGUAGGAACUGGCGAAGCCGAUUUCGGUAAACCUCAUACUGGUCUCUGUGUCCUAGAUCGAGACUUUCGCUUCAUCCAUUUCCGUUUAUCAGAUCUUAAAUGGCUAGCUGGCGACAUCGUUCGACUAAAGAACGACGAGAAUAAGGAUAUUUUAGAUGUACGAUGCAAGCUGCAGUCAAGGAGAAUUCUUGAUGUGGAAUCUGUGCGGCAAAUGAGUGACAUAAAGGGUCUUCUUGAUGAGAAUUUCCGUUUGGUGGAAGUGUACGGCAAUGGUCUUCGUGUUUCUCCCGAUUUCAAAGACAGGGUGUCAUUUCUUCGAGAAAAACAAGUUAACUCAUAUUCUUACCCAGAUUUGUCUGAUGAGCAGGGCAUCUGGCACAAUAUGAAAAUAGAUGUGGCGACCGUGAAAGAACAUUCCGGAUACAACAGCAUCACCGGGACGUUUUCUGACACAGUCGAGAGAACAGAGGUUACAAUGCUUCCCAAACUCCCAGAUCUCAGUUCUAAUGAUGACGAGUUGAAGACAUAUGCAAGAAAAACAUGGAAUCUUGCUUUGUAUAUUGGUCACAGAUUUGAGUAAUACGAUUUCGUGGCUUAUUUCAUACUGUGUUGUGUUAUUUUAGAAUAACGAACAUCUGCCAUUGCACAGUCGCCUGUAAAUAUUCAUAUAUACUGCUACUAUAGAUGUAGAUUGAUUUGAUCUGAUGUAUGUUUAAUUGUUUGCGAUAAAAUUGUGCAAAUUGUUACAUGUAUCGGUAACAAGUGUUAUAAUGGGCGUUGUAGAAUUUUUUUUCUUUUCAUAUCGUUAUGGUAUAAAGAUGCAUCUAACGCAUUUUAUUAUUGUUUAGUAUGCUUUGCCAUUGGUAUUUUGCGUGUGAAUGGAGGAAGCUAUCUUUCAACACAAAUCCAUUAGCAUGACAAGGUUAUUUAGAGGGACAUUGGUUCACUCUAUUCGUAAUUUGCAAGAUUAUACACAAUACCGCUAUGUGUGCAUAUGUAAUAUUUUUUAAACAAAGACAGGCUUUGGAUUUUGAGUCUGGAUUUAGUCAUGAUUUAAUUUGGUGGAAGGAGUGCUCACAGUCUUGUCAGAGGUUCAUAAUCUCCCAUGAAGCGCUCUUUCACAUGGGCUGUUUCAAAUAGCAAAUAAUUCAUUCUGCUAUCUUUUCCAGUUUGGAUCUUUGGUAAUUAAAAUUAUCCGAAACUGUGCAAUUGUCUGAAUGUUACAUGUGUAUGCUGUACAUGUUUAUGUCUUUUGAAUUAAACGCUCAAACUAUUCAUUUACAUAGUCUAAUCAAUACGUGUUAGGAAUUUAAAUCAAACCUUGCUCAUUCUGACGAUUGAAUAUAGUUAUUCACAGUAGUCCGUCAUCGUGAUAGUUUGCAGACCACUUAGGAAUUCAUCACAUGACUCAUUAUUUUAUACUUAUAGUAUCUCUUGUAAAGGUUAGCCAAACGUCCAGACUUUGUCGUGUCCGAAGUUAAAUGUCGCACUCUUAGUAAAAGUUUGGAUUGAUUUGUAUGCAAUGUUAGUGAUCAAGAUUAGAUUUAUUGUGGUUCAUAAUUUAAAGAUGUGCUGGACAGAAAUGUCAAAAACCAUUUUCAGCUAUUUUGUAAUAUUUGUAUUCUUUCUAUGUGGUUUUAAAAGAAUGAAAUGAUUGUAUGGUUUGUAUGUAUAUUAAAAUAUGCGUCAUUGACCUGUCAGUCUAUUGUCAUUUGUUGAUGGUCUUAAUCUUUUCCACAAACAUUCAUCAAUUUUACACUGAGAUAUAUGGUUUCAGCAGCUAAAAUGCUUAGUACUGAAAUUUUAAGACAAUUAAUUGACAAUUUGAAGACAAAAUGGUAUAUCAAGGACUUUACACUGUGACCCGAGAAAACAUUGCUAACGGCGAGUGUGACCAAUCGACAGGGGAUGCUUACUCCUCCUAGGCACCUGAUCCCACCUCUGGUAACCUUAACGUGACGUGAUAUUACAGGGGAUGCUUACUCCUCCUAGGCACUGAUCCCACGUCUGGUAUCUUCAGGAGUCCGUGUCUGCCCAUCUCUUAAUUUUGUAUUCCUUAUAUGUAUGCGUUUGAUCACUGUUCGUUAUCUUCGCCUUUCUUAACUCCAAUUCUAUGAAAUUUAUUGUCUCUUAUAUAAAACAUUUAAUUUCUUUAAAAUGAAUCUUAAAACAAUAUAGCUGCAGACGAAAACAGUUCUUGUGGUGUUACAAGACGUUCUUGGGGGAGAUUUGAAUUUUGUAAGAAAGAAUAACUCUUUGUUAUUUUAUUUUGAACCCGCCUUUUAGUAGAUUUGAACAUAUUCUAUCGUGUAACAAGUUUGAUGUGGAUUAGACUUGAAUCGCAUACUUAUUGCCUAUACAACAUGUCAUUUAUGUUUAUAACACUUUCUAUUUAUGUUGGAAGACAUUUAAAAUUGUAUACAGUCAAUAUUUCGAUGUUUUACAUGUUUGCCUUUCACUGUUCUAUGUAAUUCAUUAUACCCACCAUGUUGUCAGUCUUUACGAACGUUGUUUGCUUUCUGUAAUUUCAUUGGCUAAGAGGCUUAAUGCUGGCUUAUCAAAUUGAGUGUGUAUUUUUAGCAUUUUAUUGCUUUGUCAGACUUGCAUGUAUAUAAGGCGUGACACACGGGAGAUUCACACACACUUUCUCUGUGAUAGACUCAAGAACUUGGGUUCAGGCUUUUCAAAGAACUGUGUGUUCGAUUCUUUUGCUUACGUAGAGCAGGGUUUCUCAACACGCAGUAUGUAAAACUAACAUAGAGUUAGGAAACAACACUUUAGGAGUUUUCUUGACAAAAUGUAAAUAUCCUAGCAGUGAGAGUUUUACGUUGGUUCAUAGUAGAAUUAGCUAUCUCUUACCUGAAUAUUUUUCAUAGUUAGUACUUAUAUAUCUAGGCUACCUCAAUAUUUAUAUUUAGCCUAAAACUGUAUUACUUUGAGGUGUGUAGGGAACGCUGGUGUAGUAAACUAUGUUUUUCAUUGUGUAUGGAAGCUCGUUAGUAUCCUAACUUUAGAUUUCUUUUAUUACUACGGUACAUAUUUUUCGUAACUCCGGUCUUUUAUUUCGGGUAAAUUUUACAUUCCUCUCAGGAUAUAUUCGUUCAUUUUCAUUGGAAAACUUAUUAUUUGUUAUUAAAUAAUCUUAAACUAUAUUUACUUAUACUAAAAUAAAUGUGUAAAUUUUA